AUGGCGUCUUCAUUGACCACAAUUGAAGCUUUAGUAGCCAAGCUGAAGGAGGAGAUGUUUUCAAAACAGAAAAAUGACCAUCAUCUUCACUACUCGUUCAUUUCACCUUCUGCUUAUGACACUGCAUGGUUAGCCAUGAUUCCCAACCCACAUGAACUUAAUACACCUUUGUUUAAGGGUUGCAUUGAAUGGUUACUCAAUAACCAAAAUGAACAAGGGUAUUGGGGAGAAUCAGCGAAUGGUGAUCUUCCCACCAUUGAUGCACUUCCUGCUACUCUUGCUUGCAUCGUUGUGCUCCAAAAAUGGGGAAUCGGUGCCAAAAACAUAGAAAAAGGUUUGGAAUUUAUACAUGCAAACAUGGAGAAGAUUCUUCAUGAUCAUCAUUGUCUUCUUCCUCGAUGGUUCUUCAUUGUUUUCCCAGCAACCAUUGAACUUGCAAAAGCCUCAGGUCUUGAGCUCAAGUUUUCUGAUCACAUGAAAUCACUCAUUUCUCAGAUUUGUGCCGAAAACCAACAAAUCCUUGGCAUGGAAGCCAUGGUUGAUAAAUGCCACUACCCUCCAUUGCUGGCCUACUUAGAGACGUUUCCAUCAAUGGGGCUCAAGGUUGACCAAGAGACCAUAACAGAGCAUUUGAGUAAAGAUGGCUCACUUUUUCAAUCACCCUCGGCUACCGCACAGGCAUACAUUUCUACUGGAAAUAAAAAAUGCCUUGAUUAUUUGAUAUCACUUGUUCAAAAGUAUCCCAAUGGAGUUCCACAAAUAAUGGAUGAACAACUAGUUGAACUCAGCAUGGUUGAUCAAGUGCAGAGGCUAGGCUUAUAUGAGUAUUUUACUGAUGAGAUUGACAACAUCCUCAAAAACGUUUACAGAAGUUACAUGGACCAAGAACUGGUGCAAGAAAACAAGAACUUCAUACCAGCAAAAUUGUACAAGGACUCGCUGGCAUUUCGACUUUUUCGGCUGCAUGGGUUUAAUAUUUCUCCAAAGACCUUUUGUUGGUUCUUAUACGAUGAAGAAAUAUUGGAUCAUUUGGAAAACAACUGUGGACGGUUCACAAGUUUACUAUAUACUGUUUAUAAGGCAACAGACCUUAUCUUCUUUGGAGAAAAUGAAGCAGAAGAGGCCAGAUCAUUUUCCAUGAAAAUGCUUCAGAAAAUUUCAACUAUGAAAAACAUAGUCGAUGAUGAUGUGGUCAUACUGCCCAAUUUAUCCAAAGUGAUUGAGGAAGAGCUCAGCGUACCGUGGAUCGCUAGACUUGAUCAUCUUGAUCAUAGGAUGUGGAUUGAACAAAACAAACAAGGACCAAUGUGGAUCGGGAAAGCUUCCUUUUAUAGGUUAUCAUGUGUUCAUAGUAUGGGGCUAAUAGAACUUGCUGUGGAAAACUAUGCAUUCAGGCAAAUGAUUUACCGAAAUGAAUUGAAGGAACUAAAAAGGUGGUCCAAGGAGUGGGGUCUUACCGAAAUGGGAUUUGGUCGAGAGAAGACGAUGUAUUGCUACUUCGCCGUUGCAGCUAGUACUUCUUUGCCUCAUGAUUCUAUUAUAAGAAUGCUUGUUGCAAAAAGUGCGAUAUUGAUCACAGUUGCAGAUGAUUUUUUCGAUAUGAAAGGCUCUCUCGAGGAGUUACAAGUCUUGAUUGAAGCUAUUCACAAAUGGGAUGGUAAAGCCUUAAGUGGACCUAGCAAGGUCAUUUUCGAUGUGUUGGAUGAUCUUGUGAGAUACGCUACCAACUCAUUGGUCCUUGAUGAAAAGAUUGACGUAACAGAAGAUUUUCGAGACCUUUGGAGGGAGACUUUCAACUCGUGGUUAACCGAAACUACAUGGGGAAAGAGCGGUUACAUGCCAUCAGUCGAUGAAUACCUGCAAACUGGAAUGAUUUCCAUCGCUACACAUGUCUUGGUCCUCACUUCUUCGUGUUUCUUGAAUCCAAGCUUAUCGAAGAACAAAGUGAAGCCAUCAACAUAUGAGAACAUCACACAAUCACUUAUGGCUUCCGCUCGUUUGCUCAAUGACAUUCAAAGUCACCAGAAAGAACAAGAAGAAGGAAAAAUGAACCUAGUGUUUCUUCACCUCAAAGAAAACCCAGAAGCAAGCAUAGAUGAUUCAAUUGAUCAAGCACAAAGGUUGCUUGAGUGGAAAAGGAAAGAGUUGCUCAAGCAUGUUUUCACCGAUGAUAAUAGUGAUUUUCCUAAGCAAUGGAAAUACCUUCAUCUGUCAUGCUUCAAGGUAUUUCAAAUGCUAUUUAACUCGACCAACCUGUAUGAUACAGACGCGGAACUGCAACUAGACAUAGAGAGAGCAAUUUACAUUGCUCCAGAAUAUGAUCUUUCCCAAUAUUUGAAGCCAAAAACAGCGUCGAAUCCAUUGCCAGAAAAAACAGACUUGAUUAUCAAUGCUAGAUAUCAUCAAACUCCUCUUCGAAGCUAUGGUCAUGGUCGUAUGAGCAUUAGGUGUCAUCGGCUUCCCGAUCAUGCCGUGAGAAAUGUCACCUCCAACGUGUUUAAGUCACCAGGGUUUAGCUUACGCUUCAUCUAAAAUGAUGAUUGAUAAAAUGAGUCAAGAUCAUAACCUCAAGAUAGCAAAUAGUUCUCUUGUACCUGUUGGGCAAAUCCAAAACGAAGAU